CUCUCUGCAACCUCUGUGUGGGAGAGAAGGGAAUUUUUUUUUUUAUUUAUAAAGAGAACUGGAUUUUUUUUUGUUCCUCCUCCCGGGGAAACGCUGCUACAGGGACGGGGAGGGAAGGGAUUUCCUUGCAAAGUUUUGCAUUUUAAAACGUCUAUCCUCCCUUGCAGUUUUAACUCUUUGAAUUCUUCCCAUAAUUGCGGAUUAUCCGCGAAAGCUUGGCUGGAGAAAUCACCUCGCCGGCUGCGUUUUAAUGUGGUUUUAUUUUGGGGGGGCGAAUUCAGAGAAUUUUCAGAAUUCAGAAUUUCUUCCAUUUUAAAAAAAAAUAAAUCUGUUUUCUUUUUUUUUGUUUUUCUCUCUCUUACUCGUUCGUUUUGGAAAUCUUUGGAAAUUUAAUUCCAUAUCAUUUGGGGGGAGAAAAGGGAAACAAAUCUGCAACCGGGGGAAUGGUUUGUAGCUGUGACAAGAUGUUAGCGCUGUAUGUAUACGAAUAUUUACUCCACAUUGGGGCACAGAAAUCCGCACAGACUUUCCUCUCGGAGAUACGUUGGGAAAAGAAUAUUACUCUGGGAGAACCGCCUGGCUUCCUGCACUCCUGGUGGUGUGUGUUCUGGGAUCUGUACUGUGCAGCUCCUGAUAGACGGGAAACCUGCGAGCACUCCAGCGAAGCCAAGGCCUUUCACGAUUAUAGUGCCGCAGCAGCGCCGAGCCCCGUGUUGGGCAGCAUGACUCCCGGUGAGGGGCCACCAGGGGUCCCACUGCCGCCCGGCUUCUUCCAGGGCCCACCGGGAUCACAGCCAACGCAACACAGCCAGACUCCACGACACAACCCCAACAACCCCAUCAUGGGACCCCACGGUCAGUCCUUCAUGUCUCCACGCUACCCCGGAGGACCACGGAACUCCAUCCGAAUAACAGCGCAGCCUCCCAUAGGAGUGCCAGGGUCUCAGCCACUGUUGCCAAACGCCAUGGACCCCACGAGGCAACAAGGGCACCCGGGUAUGGUUGGUCCGAUGCAGAGAAUGACGGCUCCUCGAGGAAUAUCAGUGAUGGGACCUCAGAAUUACGGAGGUGCAAUGAGGCCCCCACCGAACUCUUUAGGAGGCCCUGGAAUGCCCGGAUUGAAUCUUGGUCCGGGCGGUGGAAGAUCGUGGCCAAAUCCACCCAGUGCUAACUCGAUACCAUACUCCUCCUCAUCGCCAGGCAGUUAUGUGGGCCCACCAGGGAGCGGACCACCGGGAACGCCGAUCAUUCCCAGCCCCGGAGAUUCCACCAAUUCCAGUGAGAACAUGUACACAAUGAUGAAUCCCAUCGGACCCGGAGGGAAUCGACCAGGGUUCCCAAUGGGGCCUGGAGCGGAGGGACCGCUUGGUGGAAUGGCGGGCAUGGAGCCCCAUCACAUGAAUGGAACAUUAGGUUCUGGUGAUAUUGAUGGAUUGUCAAAGAAUUCCCCAAACAACAUGACAGGGAUCAGCAAUCCUCCGGGAACUCCGCGCGAUGACGGCGAGAUGGCGGGAAACUUCUUAAAUCCUUUCCAAAAUGAAAGUCAGUACUCGCCCAGUAUGACAAUGAGUGUGUGAGCAAACCCCCUGUGGACUCUCUCUUCUGAUCCUUGUGCGACCCCACUGGAACUGAGAAGAAAGCGUGGAUGGCCGAUUGCUAUUGAACCUAAACAAUAUUUAAAGGACAAUUAUCUGCGUAGCUGUGUGGGCUGCGUCACGCUGUAGUGAAUCAUCGGGUGUUAAGUUGGAUGAAAGCCUAAGGCUUGUCGAAGAAUGGAAGAUGUUACAUUUAAGCAUGGGCUGAGGGGGGGGGGGGGGGGGGGGGGGAGGGCAUGGGAUGGGGAGGGGUGAUCAAAGACAUUUUACUGUUUUAAUACUUUCUUUUGUAUAAAAAACCGUUGUCCACUCUGACGACAGAGGUACGUAAGGCCUUGGGCCUGGAGUGGGCCAAAGCCAGCGUAGUAAGUGGGUAUUUCAGUUACAUGCUACUGUCUUAACUCAACCACACUCCAUCAUCAUCUUGACAUGGGUCGUCGUUUCACGUUUCAUUGGAGCAUCUAAUAGGCUGCCUGCCAUCCAGUAGUCUCACGGGGGGCCUGUUCCCAAUGCUGUAUACGUUUGUUCGGCCUGGAUGCAGCCAAGGAAUUUAGUCUUCCGAGCCGUGGCCUCUCAUAGAAACAUAGAAAAUAGGUGCAGGAGUGGAGGCCAUUCGGCCCUUCGAGCCUGCACCGCCAUUCAAUACGAUCAUGGCUGAUUAUCCAAUUCAGUAUCCUGUACCUGCCUUCUCUCCAUACCCCCUGAUUCCCUUUAGCCACAAGGGCCACAUCUAACUCCCUCUUAAAUAUAGCCAAUGAACUGUGGCCUCAACUGGCAGAGAAUUACACAGAUUCACCACUCUCUCUCUCUCUCUCUCUCGAGUCGAAAACCUCUUUGAUGUGGAUUUAGCAUCUUCUUUUGGACUGUCCAGCAAACCUGGCAAUUCCAGAGAGUGGCCCUCCC